AUGGAAGGUCCGGUGCUUUGUGCAUGCAGCAUGACGGCCGCCACGUCCACGGUCGCGAGCGCGAGCGUCGGGCGCAUCACCCCGGAGCUUCUGCGCGACCUGCUGCGCCGCUACAACCUCUCGCGCCACGAGUUCAUCCGCGCGUACGGCGUGCCGCCGCUCGUGUACACGCCUGAGCUGCCCGCGCGCGCGCGCAUCGCCUUUGUGCUCACGUACGCCGCGAUCUUCGCGCUCGCGCUGCUGGGGAACGGCGUGGUGCUGUGCGUGCUGGCGCGCGAAGGAGCCGCGCGGCGCGCGUCCAGCCUCUUCAUGUGUUCGCUCGCGCUCAGCGACCUGCUCAUCACCUUCUUCUGCGUGCCGUUCACCUUACUGCAGAACAUCUCUUCACAGUGGAGCGGAGGUGUGCUGGUCUGUAAAACUGUCCCGUUUGUCCAGACCACGGCUAUAGUGACGGGAAUCCUCACCAUGACCUGCAUCGCCGUGGAGAGGUACCAGGGCAUCGUCCACCCGCUCAAAAUGAAGAGGCAGUACACACCCAAACGAGCCUACAAAAUGCUGGGCCUGGUGUGGGUGGUCUCCAUCAUGGUGGGAUCUCCAAUGCUGUUUGUCCAGCAAUUAGAGGUGAAGUACGAUUUCCUGUACGAACACCAUCACGUGUGCUGUCAGGAGCUGUGGGGUUCUGUGGUUCACCGUAAGAUCUACACCACCUUCAUCAUGGUGGCGCUGUUCCUGCUGCCGCUGGCCGCCAUGCUCUUCCUCUACACGCGCAUCAGCAUCGAGCUGUGGAUCCGCAAGAGGGUCGGAGACGUCUCCGUCCUCAGCACCAUGAACCACAGAGAGAUCAGCAAGAUAUCCAGGAAGAAAAAACGUGCCGUCAAGAUGAUGAUCACCAUCGUUCUGAUGUUCACCAUCUGCUGGGCCCCGUUUCACACUGUCCACAUGCUCUUCGAGUACAAUGACCUGGAGUCGAAGUACGACGAUGUGACUCUGAAUAUGAUCAUAGCCGUAGUUCAGGCCAUCGGCUUCUCCAACUCCUUCAACAACCCCAUCGUCUACGCCUUCAUGAACGAGAACUUCAAGAAGAGUUGUGUCUCCACGCUGUCAGCCUGCCUGCGGCGGCCGCGGCGGCUGGGUAGCGCUCCGGAGCGGCCGAACCUCAGCGUCCAGUUCACCAAACCCCUAAAACGGCAAGCGUUCAUGGGACACGACUUGGCUAACACAGAGCAGAAUGGCGGCAGCAGCAGGACCUCCGAACUCCCUGCCACGUAAACAUCAGCCGGGCAGUGGAGACCUAACCCCAGACAUUUCAGAACGAAAGGUUCUACAAACUAGGGCUGCACCUACUGAUUAUCCCUAUAAUCUAGUGAUGUUACCCUCG